AUGACAGACAAUUCAUCAUAUAUUCCAGGUCAUGGUAAUUCAUGCGAUAUUAUCGAAGCAAAACCGUUAAAAGGUUGGUCACGCACAAAUUAUUGGAGAGUAUAGUUCAGAUUUGUAGUUCCACUACCUCUCAGCCAUUAGGACGCAUCUGAUUGGUUAAUGCAUGAUGGGAUAAACGCAUCUGAUUGGUUAAUAAUCCCUUAAUGGCCAAAUCUGACUCCUCUCUAUCCUUCGGAAGCGGGUUCUUGCAUGUUGAUGGAAACGUAUCUGGUGGGCAUGCCUUUAAAUCUCUGUGACACAUGUUCAAUUGGUGCUUUACUUAAGUUUACUUUAUUUGUUGAAAUAAAGUUAUUUUUGUCCCAAGAAAUCAUUUUGCGUUUAACCCCCUCCCCCCCUGUACGCAAAUGUGUAUAUGCAUCAAUAUUUACUGGUUGAGUCAGUUUUCUUUGAUGUACCGCGGGAUGAAUACAGGUUAUAACCCGUGAAUAAAUAAUUGGAUUAAACUUCUCGACAAAACUCGAAAAAUCUUUAUGGAUAGUCUUUGAAAUUGACGAAAUCUUGUUCGAAUUCGAAAACCUCCUCAACUAGUAAAUAAGAAGUUGGGAUAUAAGUUAUAUAUUUCUGAAUGGAUACCCCCUAUAUAGCACAAUCAAUUUCCCUAUACGAUUCGAAUGCCUUUGUUCUUUUAAACAGGAAAGAGAUACGAUGUGCCAACUAUGCAGACGUUUUGUGUCAGGCUGAGUGGAGAAUGUUUCAUAAGAUGCAGAGGCAAUUCAGAAUGUCAAUCAUUUGGUAUUGGUGUUGUUGAUGAAUGCCUUGGACAACUACAGUGUCGCUUAUAUUCUCAAAGAACGGUGGAGAGAAGCGAUCUUGCUAAUGAUAAGAAGUAUACUUAUUAUAUCCUGGUGAGUUACAAUAAACGCAUUACAUUUUUCGAUUAAAAUUAGUCUAUAAUGGGAAUUGUCCAUUGAUUCAGACGCCGCUCUUCUGUUCGCAGCGAGUGACGUCGUCACCCGUAUAAGCAUGAGACAUCCACAAUCGCUAAAUUACAUUCUUAUCUAGACAUUAAUUACGAGUUUUCGCCACAUUCUCAUUGCAGUUAUAUUAAACGUUUGAACAUCUUUAUAGUUAUAUAUUUGAUACGCCCAGCCAUUGGGCUGCCUAUAACCAAUAAUGAUAGCUAUGUAUGAUGAUAAUAUUAACUAAUAAUGAUAAUAAAUACUGCAAGAGAUAUCCGAACAUUAUGGUCUAUGGAGAGUGAAACUAGAGUUAUACCUAUUGUUAUAUUAUAGCUUUUCUUGUUUGAGCAUUUUUCAAUGAGGUAUCAGCUCCAGGAUAGAUUUUAAUGCAGAAAUCAAUGUUGAUUGGCACAGCUACAAGAUUCUUAAAGCUAGUUUACAUGCACUAUCAAAAAUUCUCAUUUAUUAUUGUCCCAUAUAUAGUUUAAGCAGCGCAUUGUUUAUUCUAUGUCGAUUUUACUUAGGAAGCACCAACGUGCUGUGAAGAACCUUGUACCAACAAUAAAGUGUGUCGGCCUUCAACGUGCAAAUGUGUUUGUCCAGAUGGAUUUGGUUCAAAUCGUUGCAUGUGUCCCGACCGUAAGUAUUCGCGUCCAAGGUGCCCGCGUUCCAAUUACGAAUGCGUUCCGAAUAUUUGUUCAGGGCGCGCUUCGAUUGCGUUGCAAGAAAAUUUUUAGAGAGCUGUUAAGAUAUUCCGGUUCCGGUUUAUGGGUACGGGUGAUAUACACGUACCAAUAAAUAGGGUACGAUUUAAACUUAACAAAUCCAAGAUAUUCCAGGGUAUACGAAAACCCAUCGGAGAAUAGUAACUUUCGUUAUCGAGGUUUACCAUAGAUUUGGGAGAAAUUUGACGAUCGAGCAAAUGUGCAUUGAUUUAUUUAGGUAAGAUGGUGAUUGUUGAAGUAUUUUACUACUUAAACGCCCUACAAAUAGUGAACAGAAAACACCCGUUCCCGUUUGUCUUUUACGUUUAGACCAUGGUUUACCGCGGGGAAACGGGUAGAUUUAUUUAUUUAAAGGACACAAAAUUGAGAAAAUGUUCUGAUAUUUGGACAUUAAUAAAACACAUGACAAAUUUCUCGCCCAUGAACUCAAAAUGCGUUUAACUUCUAUAUUCAUCAAAAAUUUCAUGAAAUGAACGGAUAUGUAAAAUCGAGAGCCGUUUCAAAAUUGUCUACUUUUUUUUAUACAUAUACCCUGUAUAGGCAUGACUAUACUUAAAAAAAGGUAUUUGGUUUUGGGAUACUUAAUUUAAACUUACUGCCUCUCACGUUGUAGUCAUGAAUUUCAUCCAUCUUAGACAAAUAGUAUGUCAUGAUCAGAUAGGAAUUAGGUGCCCAUUGUUAUGUUUGCCAGGCUUUGGUAAAAUAUCGACGGCAUGCAUCUUUUUGUCUGAUCAGGUAUUAAAAUUGCGAGGGCUGAGAAGGCAGUAAUUAUAAAAUUCCGCAUGUAAGAACCUGGACCUAUCCAGUCAACUCUUAUCAACUCUCAUGCAACUCUUGUCCUCGUUUGACCGGGGCAUGAGAGUUGAGAAAACUCUCAUGCAAACUCUCGCUUCUCAACUCUUAUCCCUGUACCUGAUUUCAGUUAUAAAGAGCAGAUAUUACUGAUCAAAUAUGCAAGAAUUACCUAUUCACCCUGACCUGGAAAAUAGCAGGUUCUCAUACGCGUGAUUUUAUUGUAUUGUCACUGCAUGUGUGCGACAUCUAGCAGAUAGCGUAAGAUCUAGUUUCUUUCAGACAACAUGAGCAGAGUUUUCGACAAAGAUUCGCCAGUCAUGCUGCCUGGCGUGAUGAAACAGGUCGAGAGUGGAAAUCAAACAUGGGGAGUGACAGACGACCAGAAAGUGUGGGUUUUACGCAAUGAUGAUACAUGGCAAAUGUUAGGACAAGAUAAGUUCAACUAUAUCUCAGUUGGCAAAGCAGGUGUCUGGGCUUUGGAUGCACUUAAUGAUGUUUUUGUGAGAAAAGGUAAAUUGCAAGACUCUCUAGGAUUAGGGCACGAAUUACGGCAAAGAAGUGUAGCCCCCCCUCCCCCCCACAGGAUGUGAACUGGCGCUCCUAGUUAGAUCUAAAAUUGUAUCAUAAUUUUUCGCUCGUAAUUUUUAUCUACCAAAAAGCCCUUCGACUGCUAUAUUAAUAAUAAAAGUUUUCUUAUUAUAUUAAGGUACAGACACUCAGAACCCCUUUGGAACAGGUUGGACGCUCGUUUCAUCUCCAUCUCAAAAACUGGUUCAGAUCGACUCGGGCAGUUCUGGCGUGGUAUAUGGUGUCACUCGAGAAAACCAGAUCUACUGUCGGGCUGGUAUCACCCAACAGACACUGUCUGGUACCAGUUGGGUUAACGUAUCCGGCACAGCUAAGCAUGUAUCUUGUGGUGAUUACGGAUGCUGGGCAGUACGGCCUGACAACACUGUCGGCUUUCGUCAGGGAGUCACUGUACAGAAUUGUGCCGGGACAGAAUGGAAUGAUUUCUCAGGUAGAAAACGAAUGUGUUAUUAGAAAAGAACUAGAGGGCACUCAGAGAAUGCAUGUAUUCCUCCGCCAGCAAUCAUGCGUUUAGUUUAUUCGGCCUGGCCAUAGAUUACGUAUGAACAGAUGUGGAACUUCAGUAAAAAGUUGUCCGCCAUCUUCCCAGCAAGUGUCGCUCGCGUUAUAAUUCGUCAUUUGGCAAUACGUCUUGAUUUACAAAACUUUAACAACUUUAAUUGCUUUCAACAACUUUAAACAUUCAACAUUGAUUGUUUAAUAAAAAAUGUCGAUCCGAAAAGGCCGCAAUAAAGUGCAAAAGUUCGUGUGUUUCAGGACACCAUUUUUGGAUUUCAUUUUCAUGUCACACAGUCACGAAAUAUAAGUGGUUAGCAGAUUAGGGUUAAGGAUUGGGUUAGGAUCAAGUUUAUUUCGUGACAUGAAAAGAUAACCUCAUUUUGCUAGCAUGUGUCAUGGCGUGAGCAUGACGUGUACAUCGAUCUAGGGAAAUUUGAGGACCCAAAGUCCUAUGAAGUUACACAUCUGGUAUAUUCUUAAUCUGUGGCCUGGCCGAGCAUGACAAACUUUUACCAAGUUUGGCUCAUUCCGUUUUCGUCCAAAUUGAACAACAUUUAAUCGAUUUUGCCGGAACCACAGAGUAUUUUAUAAUUAAUUAAUUAAGAGGAGAAUCCUUUGUAUUUAUAGGUAAUCAUGCGAUGGCGAGUACAAUUAGGGAUUAAUAGUACGAGUGAUGUUUGGAAAUUUUGCCAAAAUUGGACGAGCCGCCAUUACUUGUUUAUUAUUAGCAUGACAAAAUUGGAUACUUCUCAAUGUUAACAUCAUAUUCUCUCGCCAAAGCCCAGUCCUGCCAGAUUUUCAACCAAAAUUUGAUGCUUUUGUCCGUAUUUUCAUUUAGUUCUUUUGUUAAAGCAAAAUUUGGUGCUUUAAUUUGUUCGUAUUUUCAUCUAGUUCCUCUAGGGCAAUUUCAUUUCACGCUUGUGUUUAAAAUACCUUUCCACCAUUUUGUUUGUUGUGGGAAAAUCAUUAAUUGUACUGCAGUACAAUUAAUGAAAUAAUUGUACUCCUCUCAACCAAUCAGCAUCCAGUAAUUUUGUCAUGCUAAUAAUAAGUCACGUAACACGCGCCCCAUCACGCCCGCGGCAACAAAAAAUUCACGCAUAAUUUAACUUUCGUAUAAAUGAUUUCUUUUAGGAAAAGCAGACGUUACACAGUUAGACUCAGGUGCAACAGGCGCUGUAUACGCUAUCUCCACGAACCACACUCUGCAGAGGCUUAAUGGAAUAUGUUGGAAGAUACCAUGGGGUACCAAAAAUUGGAAAGAAGUUCUACCACGCCCAUUUAAACAUGUUACUAUUGGGGAUACACACAUGUAUGUCGUUGCUGACAACGGAACAGUAUGGAAAUUCUCAUAUUAAGUAGUACAGGAUGGCCGCAAUGAUUACCAGAAUAACCGUGGUUACGUAUCGGUUUGACCAACAGAGACCUUACGAUGUAGGAGGGGAACGCAACGACAGCGGCCAGAAUAAAUCAUUCGAAUAAACGAUUGUAAAGAAAGUUUGUAGACCAUUAUUGAUCGUGUCAAUUUAAUACUGUUUGGUUAGUUUGAAAUAGUGGCUUUAUUGUUGAAAAAGUUCGACUGUAGUACUGAGUAUAUAUUAGAAUCUAUCGAC